CAGAGUACGUAUACGUUGCAAGUCACGCCGAGAAGCCGCGUGGAUUCAGCACCUUGAGGCUUGAAGCUUGAGAGGAGAUCUCGAAUCUCGGGCCGGCAGCGAGCAAGUGACGAAGAACGCGAAGAAACGAAGGAAAUGAUGAAUGAGAAGAGUCAGCGGGAAACUAGGGAAAAGCAAAUUACCUCAUCAAUGCACAUCAUAAACCCGGCUAUCACAGAAGAACAGAGAAAAGAAAAGAAAGUAGAAACGAGUAGCUAGUAGUGUCGAGCAGGAUACAACGAGAUACAGGGUAGAAAAAGAGGGAGAGGAUAAUAAUAUAGUCAGCGGAGAAUAGGGAAGGAUAAUAAGUAGUACUUUACAGUUACACCACCACCAUUUAUUCGUGAAUCAUGAGCCAUGCAACUCCCCAUUCACUGCAAUCGCAAAGCUGUUGCAAAAAGUCGACCUCACAAAUAGCAGUGACACUUAUUACGGCGCUUUAACUCCAGCAAAACUCGGUCGUACUCUGCACCAGAGGGAUAGCGUUUAUCAAGCAUAGCAGCACGGAUUCCUUCGAUUUGCUCAGAUAGAAGAGUACGUAGUAGGGUGUUCGGUGUUCAGCUACAGCGCCACGCAGAGAUAUACCACCUUUUUUCCUUCAGUUACGAGCAUCAAUACUUUCGCUCUUGCUCCUCAAUAUAUUGGACUUUCACCGAUCAUUCUCCUCAUCAGUCAGCUUUACAGGUUUCCGUAGGAGAUACAACAUUGAGCGGAUCGAGGUGAUUUCGUCCUUGUUUUGACGACAUCACCGCAUCUUUUCAUGGGGAAUAUUCUGACGCACGUUGGGACAUGAACGAUCAGAGUUAUCCAACCGGCUCCAAUUUGGAAAAUCACCGAAGAGGAUUUUCGAGCAGUAGUUUGGACGGUCGACCUACUGAAGAGGGCGUUGAUGGGAGGAACGAUCGUGCCAGGGGGGGGAACGAACAUCCACCCGCUCUUGACCCGCAUUCAUUGCCUGCUCAAUACAAGUAUCAUCUCCAUCACUAUCAAGGGGGUCCUUCGCCUGUAGCCACCUUCUUCCCUCAACCUGUUCUUCAACCGUCAUAUAAUAUCCAUCCAAUGCACCUCUCCGGCCAACCCGCAAGUUAUGACAGCUCAAACGCUUCUUUCCCAGGUAAUCCCCAAAGCAUACCCUAUCUUCAAGGACGACCGAACCAAUCUCGAAAUGUCUUAUCUGAAAGCACUCCCGAUGCGACUCAAUUUAUACAACCCGUUGAUGGUAGAUCGGAAAAUAUGCCAUCCUUACAUGAGGCAUCCGAGAACUUUACAAUCAGUCAGGAGAUGAUUCCUCGUCAUGCACAAGCAAGCCAAUCUCCGGGCGGGCCCAUUGGUACCAGAGCUUCCAUCAAAAAUUCCGGUAACGAGUCUAUGUCUCUCAACAAAGCCUAUGGCCAUGUUCCGCAUACUCGAUUGCCCUCUUCUGAUCGAAACGCUGCCGGCAUCACCUUUCGAGGGCCGAGUAUCGCGUACCCUCAAAAUGUUCCUAACCUAUCUGAUUCAGGAUUAAUAACUGGUUCUCGGGCGACAGACGAGAAUCAACCUGGCAGUCAACCAGGGAAAUUAGACGGCGCGAGCUCUGCUGCCAGAGGUGAUAAUAUGGCGCCUGUAAAGCAACAGUCAGAAGAGCCCCUUUUGUCGUGGGACGAGAUGUCUCAAGCUGCUUCGAGGCCAACAUCAUCGUCGCAAAAAGAUCUCCAAGGCAAAGGGUCUCCGGAUUUCCAAUCAAAGCUGAAUCCACACAUGGACGGCGGGGACGAGCUCAUUGAAUCGAUAGAGAAAAACAAGAAUCCUGACGAAAACAUUGAUCAUAGGAAAAGAAAAAGGAAUAGGACUAUCAGGAGCUGCGUGCCUUGUCAUAAUCACAAAAGAAAGUGUGAUCGUAAAAGGCCUUGUGGGAGAUGCAUCGCUCUAGGAUUAACGGGAAGUUGUGUGUAUGAGAUCGAUGAGCAACGGAAUAUGAAUGAUCCCGAAGUUGCCGAGUCCGAGCGCCUACGCCGGCGAGUGGCUGAACUGGAGCAGGUUGUUCGCGAACUACGUCAAAAAGCGCCCUCAAGACAUGCCAACGUUUCUUCUGCUUCAGCAACUACUUCUCUCCACCCAGCGCCCACGACAUCAACUGCAUCGGGGGCUAACGCAGCUUCCCCCAUAAGCGAUAAUGGUGGAAUAAAAAGACGAGUCAUCGUGGAUCGCUUUGCUCGCUUUAAGAUGGACGAAGCUCAAGCUGCCGAGAAUGUUGCAGGGAUGGGGUACAUUGCAUCCGAAGUUUCUUCACAAAACGGCGCACAACAUGUGCAAAACGAAGAAGGACUAGAUGAGGAUUACCGAGGAGAACCUUACAGCACUCAUUCGCUCCCUGACGAAGAGAUGGUAUAUGAUAGCGGCGGAAGACCAGUGUUUUUGGGGUCUUCCGCAGGGAAGUCUAUGCUACGUCAGCUCAGGGAACUUGCUGCAAGUAAUGAAGACGAAAAGCUUUUCUCCGUGCCCGAAGACGUGGCUUUCACAGGGGUAUUUCCAAAUUUGAGGAAGACCUUCCCCUUCACAACUAUAUGGAGCCACGAAAAUUUCUGUGUUGAGAUCAUCGGGCUCUUACCCGAUCAAGAGCAGUCGGAAACCCUGUGGAACGCUUGGACAAACGGUUAUCAGGCUUAUUUCAGUCCCUUUCAUCUACCUACUGUGAGAUCAGAGUAUGCCAAGUUCUUUGCGAAAUCUACAGAGGAUAAAUUGAAUACACCACUUUCAUCUUUGGCUGUUUUCCUCAUGGUGUGCGCUUUAGGCUCCCUUUUACGUGCUACUGCUGCCGAGAUUCUCGGUCACCCGGAUCCAGAAGUAGCAAUGAAUGCCAGAAGUAAAGGUGAAGUUCCAAGAGAUCUCAAGGACUUAACUUCGAGUCGAUUGCAAAGUGAACUUUACUUGUCAGCUGCUUACCAUGCCCUUCGAUUAUGUUCAUUCAUGGCAAACCCCACGGUUCCUGUGUUGCAGUGUCAGCUUCUCAUACAGGUCUAUCUGCUCGCCAGCGAAAGGGCGGCUGAUGCUUGGGCUAUCGGUGGGAACAUGAUUAAACAGGCUAUCGCCCUUGGCCUUCACAAAGAUCCAUUAAGUUUGGAUCCCAAUAUAUCUAUGAGAGAUGCUGAAGUCAGAAGACGGUUAUGGUGGUCGAUUGCUGGGUUUGACACCAUGCUAGCUAUCUUCUUCGGUAGGCCCAGUAGCAUCACCUACUAUACGACAAAUUUUCCACAAGAUCGAUCUGAUGACAACCUCUCUGAUGCACCAGGAAGUGCUCGGCAACUCCUUCCGCCGUCUAACGUGCUCGCGAGUGAAACCACGGAUCAGACAUACCACACUGCCUAUUAUCAGCUCACUAUUCCUUCAUUUGAGUUACUUGAGGGAAUAUUUCAUGUGGACCGACAAUUCAGCAGAUCAGCAUUGUAUGGCUGGUUCUCUCCUCCCCCUCACAGCUCGAUGGAUGGGGGAGGGCCAAAACGCCAUACAUAUCGACAUGCGAUCAGAUUAGCAGAAGACAUCCGACAGUGGUAUGGGCAUCUUCCCAAGGGAAUGAGGGUCGACAAAGAAGACACCGCCGAAAGUCUAUCAGAGUCGCGGCCAAAGAAACAAGUGGUCCAGACUCUAGGCCUGUGUAUCAAAACCUGGACGCUAAUUAUGGUGAUUCAUCGUCCAUAUCUGCGCUUGGAUCCCGCUGCGUAUCUAGAGUCGACUGAGUUUUGUAGUCAAUCUGCGCACAUGGUUUUGAAAGCGUUUCGGGCUAUGGCCGAUACCCCUCUUUCUUGGAUGUUUUGGACGAUGUCCUACAGAGCCUUUCAAGCCGGUGCAGUCUGUGCAUUUUUGGCUUUGCGGCAGCCAGGAACUGCGCUGGCUGCUAAGUGUGUCGAUGACUUGCGAGGGGCAAUUGCUCUUUUUGAGGACAGGCUAUCCACUUGGUGCAGUACCCACCCUGUACAAAAUGACUUGCGUCAAGGCCUGAUUCAGCUCGAAAAAUUGGUAACCACCCAGCGCAGCGACAUCCCUCGACACGCCCCUGCACCGUCAUAUGGGACUAAUAAUUCACCGACCUUCGGCAACAGCCAGACGUUCUCGAGACCAGCAUCAGAGUCUAAUUAUCAAUUGGCUAGCCAAGCUCAUGAUGCGCCGACCCUUAACAACCCCAUCCAGGCCACAAACUCUCCCUUGCCUCUUGGGGUUGACGGUGCAGGCAUGUUUCAUGGACCGGGAGGGAUACCCUAUCAUUCAGAGAGUUUAGGAAUGUCAAAGAAUGGAGAGGCCCCAUUGUAUUCGCAACACCCUGAACAAGCUGGAUCACUUUCAACAUCUCUUUCAGGAGAUUUUAAUGGACCAAGUCCUCUGGCGCUUUCCAGGUUUUGGGCGUCAAUGUUUGGUAUUAGAAUGGAUGAUACAAAGGAAACCUCGUCCCCCGAUAUGGCUUGGUCAUAGCUACUCUUAUCGAACGCGAUGUAAUUGCCACGAAAGUCAGACGUUAUCUUUACUUCAUUUAUUACGGUAUCUAUCCACAAAGUUGUAAGAUUAGUAUUAUAUCAUUGUUAGUUUGUUAAUUUUUGAAAAUAAAAGAAAGUAAAAAGGGCAAUUUUUAUUACCAGAUAACGGCAGUCGUUAUCUUUGUUGGGCUUUAUAUUUGACAAUGAAAACACGCGUAAUUGCCUGGUAACCCUGUGCAAGUCAGUUGAACUAUCACUGAUUGUGAACAUCGAUCGGCUAGCGUUUCAAGCUUUCUAAUUGAUGACAUAACUAUC